CGACGCACCGCACGAACUCGUGUCGGUCGCUUCAUCGCUCACGCGCGUCGAGACCUCGCACGUCUCUUCUCGCGUUUCCUUGCCUCUCGUAAAGGAAGGAACCCCCGUCCGUAAAGAUGGGCUCUCUCAUCGUCGGCGAUGAUUUCCAACAUAUUCUCCGCGUCCUGAACACGAACGUCGACGGCCGGACGAAGGUGAUGUACGCGCUGACGCAGAUCCGCGGUAUCGGUCGCCGGUUCGCGAACGUCGUGUGCAAGAAGGCGGAGAUCGACAUGGGCAAGCGCGCCGGGGAGCUCUCCGCCGCGGAGCUCGAGUCCCUCAUGGUGAUCGUCGCAAACCCUCGCCAGUUCCGCAUCCCGGACUGGUUCCUCAACCGGCAGAAGGACUACAAGGACGGCAAGUACGUCCAACUCACGUCGAACGCGCUCGACACGAAGCUUCGCGACGACCUCGAACGGUUGAAGAAGAUCCGCAACCACCGCGGCCUUCGCCACUACUGGGGGAUCCGCGUCCGCGGGCAGCACACGAAAACGACGGGCCGCCGUAAGUAAAUCUUUAGCGUGCUGCGUAGGGCUUCUUCGCGCGGGGCGCGUCGAGGUCCUGGGCCGCCGCGGUGCGCGGCGUGGGCGGAGCGUACGCUCCGAACGGGCUCGACGACGGGGGUGGGGGGGUGUGAAGGCGCGAUCGACCGUCUCAGCGCGCGCCGCGGGCGCGCGCGGAUGGGUCUUUGCGGUCGCGGUUCGCGCCCCCGGCUCUCGCGGCGGGCGAACGGGUGGAACUCUGGCGGGCGGAACGAAGCGGUCGCGAUAGCGUAGAAGGUGUCUUGUAACCCGCUGGAGUUCAGUUUGACG